AUGGCGGCGCCCGUCCUGCCUCUGCAGCAGGUCAAGCUCGCCUCGUUACCCUCGACGCAGUUAACGCCUGAGCAACAAUACUGGCGGACAUUCAAAAACCCGCUCCUGAUCCCGUCGCCGGCCAAUGGACCGGUCAACCUCAUCACUCAGCCUUCCGUUCCUUCUUCUGCCGCGGCAUUUCCAUCUCUUACACAACCGCCCGAUGUCUUCACCGUGACAACAGGCGCACGAGUCCAGAUCUAUUCGAUUCGCACACGGAAACUUCUGCGAACACUCACACGGUUCGAUGAUACCGUGCGUGGUACUGACGUUCGCGCGGACGGACGUGUCUUGGUGGCAGGUGACGACACCGGUUCCGUGCAAGUUUUCGAUGUCAAGUCGCGCGCCAUCCUCAAGACAUGGAAGGACCACAAGUUGCCCGUGUGGGUGACCAAGUUCUCUCCCAGCGACCCUACCGCAGUCCUCACGGCCAGUGAUGACCGUACAGUGCGAUUGUGGGACUUGGCCUCGCAAACUAGUGCGCGCACCUUUGUCGGCCACACCGAUUAUGUGCGUAGCGGUGCAUUCAUGCCUGGCUCCAUGGCUUCUUCUGGUCUGGUGGUUUCGGGCUCUUACGAUCGUACCGUUCGACUGUGGGAUCCUCGAGUUGGAAACCGUGCCGCUAUGACGUUCAAGAUGGGUGCGCCCAUCGAGACCAUUCUGCCCAUGCCCGCCGGAACUACACUUCUCGCCGCGGCCGACAACAAGAUUGCCGUGCUAGACAUUGUGGCUGGUAAGCCGCUGCACAUGAUCCAAAGCCAUCAAAAGACUGUCACUGCCCUUGCGCUGGCCUCCAAUGGUGAACGAUUGCUCAGUGGUGCACUUGAUGGACACAUGAAGGUCUUUGAGACCACAGGGUGGAACCCCGUCUCUGGAUCCAAAUACCCGUCGCCCAUUCUCUCUCUGCACGCGAUUACUUCCGGAACCGAAUAUGAGGAUAAGCACAUUGCUGUCGGUAUGCAGUCAGGUCUCCUUUCUAUCAAGACCCGACUAUCUGGCCAACAGAAGAUCAAGGAGCGGGAACGCCGGAAGGAAAUGGCAGCCCUGCUGGAGGGCAAAUUGGAGGAGCACGACCGGGAAGUCGCUAAGAAGAAGAAGACCCGUGGGUCUGGAUGGGAAAAGCGUCUGCGUGGACGCGAUUUCAUUGGAGAAGGUGUGGAGAUUGUCAUUCAGGGCCAGGACCACAAGAAGCGGAAGAGAGAGCAGCCUUGGGAAAACGAUCUCCGUAAGGCACGCUAUGCCGUUGCGUUGGACCAGGUCCUCACCUCGGCCGACAAGACUGCACAACUUACACUGUUUACGGCCCUGCGUCACCGCUCCGCCCUCCGCGCCUCGCUGAAGGACCGCGAUGAGGUCACCCUCCAGCCCGUCCUGCAGUGGGUUCACAAGAACAUCCGUGAACCCCGCCUGGUUGAUCUCAGCGUCGAGGUUGCCAUGAACCUUCUCGAUAUCUAUUCUGGAAAUCUGGGCCAGUCCGCACAGGUCGACAAGAUGGUGGAGCGCCUGCACCGCCGGGUUCGCGAUGAAGUGGAGAUGGCCCAACAAGCGUGGCAAACAAAGGGAAUGCUUGACAUGUUGAAGGCAACCUGA